GAGGCUGGCAAGUCGGGGGAGUGAGGAGAGACAGUAAUUUUUUCCUCUGGUCCUGAGGGGUCUCCUUCUCUAUAUAAGGCGCUCCGUUGCUCUGGAGUUACACAGUUCCUAUGUAGCCCAGGAACACGGCCAACAAGCAGCAGCAGCAGCAGCCCGCUCCUCUCAUAAGGGAAUAAUAGAGCUCUCCAGCGCGCCGAGAAAUCUGUUCCUAAGUAGUCAAGCAACCGGAUACUAACUGAGGAAGACGGAGGUGAGAAAGGUUGUAAUAUCUGGGCUGGAGUAUCCGCGUUCUGCUUUAUUCUGAAAACGUAUCUCAGACAGCUGAAGAGUCAGAAUGACCUGCAUUGCCGAGACUUGGCUCAUGGUCCUCUCCCUCGCGCUGUUUUGCGUCAGGGACUCAGCCACCCUCUUCCUUCCCGACUCCGAGGAGCUCAGGCAGCUGCUGAGCCGCUAUGAGGAGGAGGCAGACCGUGACGGCAACGGCAACACAGCUGGCAACAGGACCAGACGAGCCAUCCGCUGGUCUGAUCGCGAGGAGAUCCUCCAGCUGCACAACAAGCUGAGGGCAGGCGUCUACCCCGCCGCCUCCAACAUGGAGUACAUGGUUUGGGACGAUGAACUGGAGCGUUCUGCUACUCACUGGGCAGAAGUGUGUCAGUGGGACCAUGGACCUCAGGAUCUGCUCAUGUCUAUUGGACAAAACCUGGCUGUUCACUGGGGCAGAUACCGCUCACCUGCCUACCAUGUCCAGGCCUGGUACGAUGAGGUGAAAGACUACACCUUUCCCUACCCUCAUGAGUGCAAUCCCUGGUGUCCAGAUCGUUGCUCCGGGCCCAUGUGCACCCAUUACACCCAGCUGGUCUGGGCGACCACUAGCCGAGUGGGCUGCGCGGUGCACACGUGUCCGAGGAUGAACGUGUGGGGAGAAAUAUGGGAGAACGCCGUUUACCUCGUGUGCAACUAUUCCCCAAAGGGCAACUGGAUUGGGGAGGCUCCAUACCAGCAUGGCCGUCCUUGUUCCCAGUGUCCUCCCAGCUACGGGGGAGGAUGCAGGAACAACCUGUGCUACAAAGACCCUCAACGCUCAGAGACUGAGGACAUGAAUGAGGUGGAGAAGCCCCAGGUUCCGCUGCCGCCCCGCACCACCGCACGACCUGCCCCCAGACCGAAGAAACCAGCAUCCAAGCCCUCUCCCCCUAAGUCUGCCACACCCAGGAUGCCAUCGCCAAAAACUCCCAGCAACACCAAUCUCGCUCACAGCAUUAAGUGCGAGACUAGACUGCGAGACAAGUGCAGAGGAGCAACCUGCAACAGAUACAACUGUCCGGCCAAUUGUCUGAAUAAGAAAGGCAAAGUCUGGGGGACGUUCACUUACGAUGUGCAAUCGAGUAUUUGCCGAGCCGCUAUCCACGCUGGCAUCAUCGACAACAACGGGGGACUGGUCGACAUCACAAGGAAGGACAAGUUCCCAUUCUUUGUUCGAGCCACAAAGAAUGGUGUCGAGUCUUUCAGUAAAUAUAAACCAGGGAAUGCCUUUGUGGUGGCUAAAGUGGAAGAAAUGAAUGUUGAUUGCUACACCACAGUGGCUGAAAUCUGCCCUUUCAAAAGGCCAUACUCACACUGUCCAAGAGUCUUCUGUCCACCCGACUGCAAGAGUCAGCCUUCUUACUGGUCACCUGUAAUUGGAAACAACAUCUACACAGAUAACUCCAGUAUUUGUAAAUCAGCCAUCCAUGCGGGGGUAAUCAAACCAGACGGCGGUUUUGUUGAUGUUCUGCCACUGGACAAGAGAAAGAACUACAUCGGGAUCCUGAAAAAUGGCAUCCAAUCUGAAAGCAAAACCAACGCAGAGGGAGGCUCCUUCCGACUCUUUAGUGUGAGGGAGUGAGACUUCUGUUCAAACGACCAACACAGUCACCUCAGCUGCGGAUUGAAGAACAGGAAGUGCCCACAGGUUGGAUCCCAUGGUUAUCCACCUGCCUCUGUGCCUUCAGUGGAAUCAGAGCGUCUCCCGGAUUGAAAAUUUUCCCCCUCAUUUAUAACUGUAGUCACAGUUAAAAGUCGUCCUGUAUCGUCCAGUCAUGUAGUAACUUUAUGGGACUUUACUAUUUACCUUAUUUACAUCCAUAAUCUGUGAAUACAGACUCUUUAUAUAUAUUAUGAUCCAUUGAACAGCUGGUGCUGCAGGUUUUCAGUUAGACAUGUUUUACAAAAAAACAUUAUGUUUACAUUGAUGUUCUUAUUACAAAUAUAAGUUGUUCUUUCAUACACAGGAAUGUAUACUGGUCACACUGUAUUUAAUCAUUUUGUACAUAAUAUUAAUAUUUUUGACAGUUUUUUUUUAAGUACAAUAAAAUAUUAACAUGUUCUAUUCAGAUUGUUAUAUUAUAGCUGUCUUCUGCACACCUGCUUUUUUUUUUUUUCUCCUGAACGUUUAGACUGUGAAGCGUAAUCUAAGUCUAAAUUGUAUUUAAAGUGCUGUAGUGCUGCAGUGGUUGUGAGCAAGUAGGUUUCGUAUAAUGGGUUGAUGGUAAAUGAAAGUGACAUGGGCCUUCAGAAUGGUGGCAGUGUUGUGGAUUUAUUCAGGUACAAUCACAGACAGCAGAUAUGUUUAUAAUAAUAAUUAGCAGUAAUAUCCCAUUUUAUAUAUUUAUUGUUGCUCAGUGCUUUCCUCUUGCUUGUUUUCUCUUAUCUCUGUAUAGAACAAAUUUCUAAAUUUCCCCCUUCUCAACCUUAGACUGAUGAAUGUGUUGCAGGUUUCGAGGUCAGGGAGGGCUUUUUGAUAAGAGAGCAGACCACAUUGUGAAGGGUGAAUGGGUUUGAGACUAUGCAGCACGCACGGGAAACACCUUUAAAGUUUAUCACUACACUGAAUUUAGACACUGUUGUGUGUGAUACAACACUGAUAAUACGUAUUUAGUCUUCAUACAACAGCAUUGAUAUAGGUCUCUCUGUAAUGCCAUUAAAUGUACAGAAAAAAACGAAUGUAAAGUCCAUUUUGGGUGACUGCAACUGGGGUCCUUAAACACACCAGGCACAUUGUAGAGUCACUGAGCCUUGUUGCUCUGCCCUUUGGUAGUCUUGGAUUAGAGAUCACAUUAAUUGUUUUUCCAAAGCGAAAGCCAAGAAAAAAAAAUUACAAAUGUAUUUCUUCAAGUUUAUUGCUUCCUGUCUCUUUAUUCUACCUCAGUCCUAUCGCUACGCUAAGCAUUUAGGUCUCUAUAGGGAUUUUAAUGGGAAAUUUUUGUUUUGUAAAGUUACGGGAACUGUAAAUACUUUUUUGUUUUUGUUUUUGAAUCAUCAUUUAUGCAGUAAGAUUAUGAUUAAAAUGUGUCAAUUUAUUUCAGUUGUCUGGGCUGUAUUGUUUUUAUACAGGAUAAGAUGAGUUCUAUAUUUUUUGCACAAUCUGAAAAUAAAGUCCGUCUUAACCAUA